CAGUGUGAAAACAAACCGAUAUAAAUCUUGGUCUCUUAGUGAAGAGUAGAGCUUAGAUUUGAUCAGUGCUUAAUCUCAGUUGUCUUUCGUGGAUGCUUCAAUUCAAUAGUUUUACAGUAAGUGAGGUAGAAAAAUUCAAGAAAUACACAACAUCUAAAUAGUUGUGUUGGUGUUAACGAAUCACUGAAAUCUAUUUAUAGAUUCUCAGACAGAACAAUUUUCGUGACAUUCAAAAUGGUGGACUAGAUUGCCAGUCAUUUGCUUCAUUUGACAAAUAGAUCGAUUGGAUAGAAUUAAAAAGACAUGGCCGACGAUAUUGAGGAUUUGCUUCGUGAAGUGGAAGAGAAAUAUUUGCCACGCCCCUUUCAUUCGCAGCAGGUUAAACAUUCUAAACAACCAAUUCAGCCGACAACAAGUGCAAUUACCUCAGAAACUCAUGGAGACAAAGACAAUCAAUCGGCCCCGAUAGCAGUCGGGGUAACCGGGGCAACCGGGGCAAGCAGAACUACAACAAGGGCUCAUUCGUCCGACAUUGUCUGUCGCGAACUGGAAGAUGAACUUUCCGAUUUGCUGGAUGAAGCCGGUGGAAUGUCUGAUGCGGCCACGGUUGGAUUGCGAUGCAAACGCAGUCCUCGACGAAGUGCCAGUGCCAGGGAAUUGGUUGGUACAAAACCAAUCACCGGUGAUCGUCUGGCUUCCACCGACAAACGUCACGACUUUGCUAGUAGUAACAAAAGCGGUGCAGGUGGAUUUUCAUUGGGAAACAAAGCAAUGCUGACGGGGAUCCGUUCCGCCCCGCCAUUCGUUCAUCAUCACAGCAACGUAGAAACGCGUACAACUCACGUUACCAUCGAUGCCGUCGUAGUUGAAAAACAAAAAUGUUUUCCCAUCUACGUGAGUGGCGUCAUUGACAGCAUAGACACCAGCCACACUGUUAGAGUAUGUACCAGUCUCAGAUGCACGGGCUGUGAUUUCCGAGUCAGCCAAUUUGCACAUUACCGAUGGAGACCUGGUACGGACUACCUUUUCUUGCGCAACCACAUGCCGGAAUUCGAUCGAGUGCGCGUCAAACUAGCCGCAGCCAAAUUUUGUCGCGCUUAUGCUUGCCAAUGCAAAUUCGUCACUGUUAAAGAUCUGGUUGAUCUCAACAAACUUGGCCAUGAGUUUGCUUCAACUUGGAUCUGCCUUGGACAUUAAAUCCCUCUCACCUUCUCUUUGUGUCUAUUCUAUUCUUUAGCUCGUCUACAAAUUAUUCGAUGGCAAAUGAUGUAAUCACGCCUUACGAUAAAACUCUGCAUUUGACUGAAACGUUGAACGUUUUUAGCUGGGUAAUAGCAUCGUAGCAAAUCAUGUAGAUUUCCGCGCACUGUCAAAGUGUCGUCUGCAAAUCAAGUUAUCGCUGUGAUUGUUCGUUUUCACACUAGAGGGCAUCACGUAACAUCACUGGCUGUCGUCUGCAAAUCAAGCCGAUGUGAAUGUUCCUAUUCACACUAGAAGGCAUCACGUAGCAUCC